AUGUCAAGUGGCUUACGAGAACUUAUUAAGCAGGAACGUAAUCUGCGCAUAACAGUGAACUCGGUGCGUCAGUUUAUUUCCAGUGAAAGUGAUAAUGCAGAGUUAAUAAGUGUUCGUUUAGAACUUUUGGAAAAUGCAUACAAACAGUUCAAAAUAGUGCGGACAGAAAUAGAACUGAAAACUGACCACCUGAGUAGUACCAGUGAUGACCUUAAUGAUAUGACAUUGGACCAAACAAGGGAGGACGAAAAUAUUGAAAUCCUGGUCCAGUUCGAAGACGAUUACUGUGAGCUGAAAAGUAAACUCCUUCACCUGUUGUCAGCUGUUCGUAGAUCUAUUGACGAAAAUUCAGCUCCCAGUACAUCUGCAGUUUCUGAUUCGUCCGCAACUUUGGCAAGGGUAAAAUUGCCAGAAAUUAAGCUUCCAUCUUUCAGCGGGAAUUCAAAAGAGUGGAUUACUUUCCGGGAUUCCUUUAAAAGUCUGAUCCACUCUAGCAAUCUUUUGAGCGACACUGAUAUGUUUUGCUAUCUACGUUCAGCAGUAUCUGGCGAAGCUCUACAAUCUAUUGCUUCUGUGGAUGUUACAGCUGCAAAUUAUGAGUUUGCUUGGUCGACUCUGGAAAAGCGAUACGAAAACCGGAAGCUGCUGGUGAAAUCAUAUUUGGAAUCGCUAUUUUCCAUCGAGUGGGUACAGAACGAGAGUUAUGAAGCACUGAACAAGUUGCUUAGCGAAUUCGAGCGGAACCUUCAGAUGCUGCAAAAGGUAGGCGAGAACCCAGACCAGUGGAGCACGCUCCUGGUGCACAUGGUGUGUUCUCGCCUGGAUCAAUCCACCCCCCCAUCCAUCCCAAACGCACCACAGUUCUAA